AUGAUUCCCAUGAUGCAUAGAAGUGGCUUCAGAGUUCAACAGACCUGUGUUGCACAGAUAAGAAUCCCACCCUUGACCUUCUGUUCCUUCCCCCCUGCAGGCACCUUUGCAGCAACGCUCCUGGGAGUGAACGAGGUUCCCAAGAACAACUCCAAGGCAGCCAAAGCCUCUGUGGGUGACCUGCGAGGCGUGGGCUACCUGCGCCUCACAAUCUACAGCUCUCCAGCAUGGGUCAAGUUCCAGGUGACUGUGCGUCGCCUCAAGGGAGAGAUGCUGCCCACCAAGACGCACGUGCAUUCAGGGAAGAAGGGGAAGACCGGCGACGUGCUUCUGGACCUGCCGUGUGUGUACGCGAAGAAGGGGGAUGAAUACUGGCUCUGCGAGGGCAGCCUGGGCAAGAACGAGAGCGAGCGCACAGAGGAGCUGAAGGCGGCUCUGAGCAAGAUUGUGAAGCGCCCUUCGAGCUACUACGGGAAUGUACACACCAAGCGUUACCCCGAUGGUGCUGUGCGUGGCCAGCUGCCCCUCGUCACUCGCGUUGGCCCUCGUCACUCGCUUGCCUGCGAUUCCGUGCUUCCCCUCGUCAUGCGUUUCCCUUCGUCGCGCGCGUUUCCGCUCGUCGCGCACGCGCCUUCUCGUCACGCGCUCUUCCGCUCGAUGCGCGCUCUCCUCCCCUUGUCACGCGCGUUUCCCCUCGUGACGCGCACUCCUUCCCUCGUCACCAGCUCAAUCAUUCAGUCGCAAUCUAUUGUUCUUUGCCUCACUUGCUUCCCCCCUCCCUCCUCCCUGCUUCCCCCCUCCCUGGGCCCUGCUUCCCCCCUCCAUCCCCCCUGCUUCGCCCCUACCUCCGCCCUGCUUCCCCCCUCCAUCCCCCCUGCUUCGCCCCUACCUCCGCCCUGCUUUCCCCCUCUCUCCGCCCUGCUUCCCCCCUCCAUCCCCCCUGCUUCCCCCCUCCCUAGGCCCUGCUGCCCCCCUCCAUCCGCCCUCCUUCCCCCUCCCUCCGCCCUCCUUCCCCCCUCCUUCUGUCAUGCUCCCCUCAUCCCUCCGCCUUGCUUCCCCCCUCCCUCCGCCCUGCUUCCCCCCUCCCUCCACCCUGCUUACCCCCUCCCUCCGCCCUGCUUCCCCCUCCCUAUACCCUGCUUCCCCCCUCCCUAUGCCCUGCUUCCCCCCUCCCUCCGCCCUACUUCCCCACCCCUGCGCCUUGCUUCCCCCCUCCCUCCGCCCUGCUUCCCCCCUCCCUCCGCCCUACUUCCCCCCUCCAUCCCCCCUGCUUCCCCCCUCCCUCCGCCCUGUUUCCCCCCGCCCUCAUAG